AUGAACGGACACGGAGAUUUGAACAAUACACACGCUGCUAGGGCGACUAAUAUACUAGAAGUUGACCCCAAGUUUAGCAAUAAGUCGCUGGCUGUCGAUGCCCACGAAGAUGAAGCUUCUAUUCGGAAACACUACCGGCCGUUCCUAUUGCCCACAGCUACGGGGGACGACUGGGUGGCGGAUUUGGAACUGGCUACGACGUUGAAAAUGGUUGAGUCAGAAAUUCUCGAUAAAAAGCAAGAUCGCCUUCGAAUCCUCGUUUUAUACGGAAGUUUGAGAAACAGAUCUUUUUCUCGCCUUUUGGCCUAUGAAGCAUCACGUAUUCUGUUUCGCCUUGGUUGCGAUGUCCGCGUAUAUGAUCCAUCUGGCCUACCGCAAAAAGAUGAUGUGCAGCAUGACCACCCAAAAGUUCAAGAACUACGUGAGCUGAGUAAAUGGAGUGAUGGGCACCUUUGGGUCAGCCCGGAACAGCACGGAAACCUAACAGGUUUGUUCAAACAGCAGAUAGACUGGAUUCCGUUGUCGUCUGGCUCCGUACGGCCUACUCAGGGCAGGACCCUGGCCAUUGCGCAGGUCAGUGGUGGCUCACAGUCGUUCAACGCUGUCAAUUCGUUACGGAUUCUGGGGCGCUGGAUGCGCAUGUUCACCAUACCGAACCAGAGCUCUGUUCCAAAAGCUUAUACCCAGUUUACCUCUGAGGCAGAGGGUAGCCGCAUGAUUCCCAGCUCCAACCGCAAUCGUCUUGUGGAUUGCAUGGAGGAGCUGGUAAAGUACACAAUAGUCAUGCGUCCUCAUUUUGAGUUAUUUGGAGAUCGAUAUAGUGAGCGCGAAGAAAGAAGGCAAAAAUAG